ACCUCCUUUGUUUUCUUCUCUCGUCUUCUUCCCCCCAGCCCUCUCAACGUCUUUUGUUUGUUAUAGACUUCUAGUUUACAAUUUACAUUUACAAUACCCACACACACGCACCCAAAAGAUCUCUGGAAAAUCCAUUUCGUGAGAGAAAGAAGAUUGCAGAAACAAUAAAGAACAACCACAACUGCAACAACAAAGAGUUAUCAGCUAUGAAAAGCUCGCUGCUGCAGUGUAGCGACUGCUGCUUCCAUGGCCGCCAGCAAGAAAUUUCCUAGGCAGAUGGGUGAAAUCAUCCGGAAAAUCGCCCGGGUUGACAUCAAGUGGAGCGUCCUGGAACGGGUCUCUGUUUUCCGCCAGUUUUUCGAGUUCUUGUGGGAUAGGAUUCUCGCCUGUUCUAUUGGUAAGCCGCCCUCCAAAUACCGCCGCAUAACUCGUGCUGGGACGAAUACUUCGCCUUCUACUUCUUCUUCUUCUUCUUCUUCUUCCACUUCGUCUUCGCCGCCCCAAGCCGGCGGCCCCGACUACGACUACGACGCUGUGCCUUUCGUCGAGGCGUGCACGACGAGUGGAACCGGCGAGCUCAACUCUUCCAACUCGGAUUUGGUACCGCUGAAGAUCAGCUUGCUGGGUGAUUGUCAAAUCGGAAAAACUAGCUUCGUGAUCAAGUAUGUUGGGGACGAACAGGUGAAGAAGAGCUUGGAAAUGGCAGGGUUGAAUUUGAUGGACAAGACAUUGUUUGUUCAAGAUGCCAGGAUUUCAUUCAGCAUAUGGGAUGUUGGAGGAGAUAGCCGGUCGUUUGAUCAAGUCCCCAUUGCCUGUAAAGAUGCAGUUGCAAUUCUUUUCAUGUUUGAUCUCACCAGCAGAUGCACACUCGACAGCGUUGCUGGAUGGUAUUCUGAAGCCAGGAAAUGGAACCAGACGGCUAUUCCCAUCCUGAUCGGGACCAAGUUUGAUGAUUUCGUCCGCCUACCUCCAAAUCUACAGUGGACUAUUGCAACACAGGUAAACAUACAAAUGACGUAUAGCAAACAGUGCUAAGAUGAACAGUAGAACUUCUCUCAGUUUUGUCUUUGAACAGGUUUAGGGGAACAUUGCCUGCAAUUGUGACUUACCCUGUAGCAUUUUGAGAUUCCUUUUCCCUCUUUGCGCGUUUGAUAGACAAAGCAGGCAGAAUGGUGGGGUCACGCCCGCACACAAAAGCUUCAUUAAAGUGAAAGAAUUUAAGUUCUGAGACAAGGAAGGAAUCUUCUUUAGGGAUCCCCCGUCCGUAUGGAUGGUAGAUCUAAUUUAAGGCUUUGCCCAUUCCCCUUUCAGCGUAAUCUAAAGCUUUCAAUUCAGGAAUAUGCUUUAGCAGGGUUUUCAUUUUCAAACAUUUAUGCUGCAUUUUACUCAUUCAAAAAGAAGGGGUUUCAUAUACUGAGAAGUAACACCUUUUCUCCUUUAAAUGAUGUGUUGUCCGAAGAUUCAAGUCAAGGGUAUAGCAAAUUAGGAGAUCCUUAUUGCAGCCAACUCUUGUUUGUGUACCUAAACUGUUAUCUUUUUGGUUAUCUGCAAACUUGCUGAUCAAAUUGUGUUGGUGGUGGCAUGAUGAUGAACACAAACGCAGGCAAGGGCGUAUGCACGAGCGAUGAAGGCGGCGCUCUUCUUUUCGAGUGCGAAACACAACAUAAACGUGAACAAGAUCUUCAAGUUCAUCGCCGCGAAGGUCUUUAACUUGCCAUGGACGCUUGACAGGAACCUCACCAUUGGGGAGCCCAUUAUUGACUUCUGAUCUCUUUACCUAUAUAGUUGCAUUUUACUAUUUUUAACUGUUCUUUCACGCAUUGAUGUAUUUUGUAUUCUCCUGUAAAUAGUAGAGAAAGAUAAGAAGGGAAAGUAGAAAGGAAAACGGAAGAGUGAGUGAGAGGUCAGAUUGAGAGGAGGAGUCCUUUUUUCCAAGAUUGUUUGUUGCUUUCAUUUCUUCUUUGCUCUCUUUUGUUCCACCCUUCUGCUAACUUUAUGAUUUAUGAGCAUAG